AUGAUGGCUACUGGUUCUCAAAAUGCCUACAAAACUUCCGCUCAAAUGAAAAGAAAUGAACGACGCAAAUCUACUUUAUUUUCAUCUGACCCUCAGACCGAUAAUUCACCAAUUGAUUUUAUUCUUGUUUACAAUAAUAAAAAAAAAGAUCAUAAAGAUACUGAAAAUAAUAAUGGCAUUUUUGCAACGAUUCGAGAUCGACAAAGAGAAAGCUUUGAACAUUAUCUUCAAGAUGUACACGGUCUUGAACUUGAGCAUGUGAAAUCGACUAUUGAUGAAUCUGUAUAUGUUAAAAUUCAUAUACCAUUUAAAGUUCUUUUAUCGACUGCAGAAAAAAUAAGAAUGAAAUUACCAGUUGAGAAAAUAUAUACACAAAGAAAUAAUUCUUCAGCAAACACGGAAUCAUACUGGUAUCGGUUUACUAAUUGGUUUAAAAAACCAUUUUGCCUUGAUGCAGCAUUAGUAAAAGAUGAUAUUGAUUAUUAUACAGCAGUCUAUUAUUCAUCAAAUAUAAAAAGAUUUGAGCCUUUAUUUGAAGGGUUACGUGGCUCUAAAGAUUUAUAUUUUACGCCGACUGAACGAAGUUUAUUAACAUAUGAACUACUGUCAAGAGCUCAUUUUGACGAUGAUGAGGAUCAUAAUCAACUAGUACCAGUAAAUCAACGACCAGCUUUGAAUACGGUAGUUGGAUUAGAAACUGGUCUAAAAAGACCCGGCGAUGAUCUCUCCGAUGUUGAUGAUUCUAAUUUGACUGAUAGAGAAAAAUUGAAAAGAUAUUGGGCAACAAUGCGUAAAUUUUUUAAAUUUCAACCGUUAUCAUUAAUUCGUUCUUAUAUGGGAGAAAAAAUCGCUUUUUAUUUUGCACUUACUGGUUUUUAUAAUCAAAUGCUUAUUCUACCUUCUAUAGUUGGUUUUAUUAUAUUUAUUUAUGGUGUAGCUACUUUUGCUACUGAUCAACCAACAUCUGACAUCUGUGGGAGUUUUGGAGAUAGUACCUAUAUGUGUCCAACAUGUGAUAAAUUAUGCCCAUUUUGGAAACUAAGCGAUAGUUGUUUUUACGCAAAAAUUUCGUAUGUAUUUGAUAAUACAGCAACAGUUGUUUUUGCUAUAUUGAUGUCUCUAUGGGCAAGAUGGUUCAUUGAAUUUUGGAAACGUCGCCAAGCAGUUUUACAGUACGAAUGGGACUCGAUUGAUUUCGAAGAAAACUUAGAACCUAUUCGACCAGAAUAUGAAGAUGAAGCCAACAAAGCUAAAUCAUCACGUAUCAAUCCUGUAACAGGGAUGAAAGAGGCACAUAUAGAAAUGCGCACACGAAUACCAUACUUUUUAGUUGCAGCUCUGGCUCUUUUAGUUACAGUUGGAUUCAUAUGUGCAACGCUCUUUGCUACAAUUGUGUAUCGCGUUCAAAUGGGUUAUAUUUUUCAAAAUACAUCGGUUAAUACGUAUUCAGCCAUUUUAAUAACUAUAACCAGUGCUAUUAUGAAUCUUAUUUUUUCAAUUCUAUUAUCUGAAUUCUAUUAUUGGAUUGCUGGAAAACUAACUGAUCUUGAACGUCAUAAAUAUCAAACGAGAUACGAUAAUUCAUUAACGAUAAAAAUAUAUCUAUUUCAAUUUGCUAAUUUUUAUUCUACAUUAUUUUACAUAGCUUUCUUUAAAGGAAAAUUUGAUGGCUAUCCAUCAACAUAUGGUGAACCAAGUUCAGGAAACUUUACAGAGCAGUGUAAUCCUGCUGGUUGCUUCGUUGAACUUUCUAUUCAAUUUUUUAUAAUCAUGGCUGGUAAACAGUUUGCAAGUCUUUUAGUAGAAUUCUUUCUGGCAACAUGGAGAAGUUUAAUACGUGCAUGUUGCACUCGUAGUCACCAACAACCCAGGCAGCAAUGGGAAAAAGAUAAAGAAUUAGAAGAUUUCCAGUCAACCACAUUACUAGAUGAAUAUCUUGAAUUAGUUAUUCAAUUUGGUUUUGUUACUUUAUUUGUGGUGGCUUUUCCAUUAGCACCAUUGUUUGCAUUGCUUAAUAAUAUAAUCGGAAUACGUUUGGAUGCAUGGAAGUUUUUAUCCAAAUUUAAACGAGCCAUUCCAUUUAGAGCAUCUGAUAUCGGAAUUUGGGAAGAUGUCAUUGUAGGUGUAUCCUAUUUAGCUGUAGUAACUAAUGCUGCAGUAAUUGCUUGGUCAUCGGAAUUUAUUCCAAGAGUUGCCUAUCGUUCUUUGGUAUCAACAGGAGGCAGUUUGACUGGUUAUGUUAAUUGGACACUUGCAUCUUUUUCUAUAUCGGAUUAUAAUCAAACGGGAACAAUGACAUCAGCUGUACCAACUAACCUAACAUAUUGCCGUUAUCGAGAUUUUCGUGAAUCAACUGGUCCAUACUAUGCUCAUACAUCGAUGUAUUGGAAUGUAGCUGCUGCUCGACUUGCAUUCAUGAUUGUAUUCGAACAUACUGUUUUUUUUACUAUUUAUUUAAUACAAUGGAUGAUACCAGAUGUACCGAAAGAUAUUCAAGUUAAAAUUGCUCAUGAACUCUAUAUGGAGCAAAAUGAACGAUGGAAUAAUAAGGAAAAUGAAGAAAAACAUAGAAGCAACUAUUCUCAUCGGACAUCAAAUAGGGACGAUGUUUCAAAAAAGCAUACUUCAUCUCCUGCUAACGACGAUGUUAGUUCUCCGGUACAACGAAAAAUAAAACGAAUCAAAUCAAUUCGAAUAAAAGUAUUACCGCAAGAUACAGGAUGA